CUUUUUAUUAAAAAAUAUUUAUUAUGGGAAAACUUCACGGAACCUUAGCCAAAGCAGGUAAAGUUAGAAAAUAAACUCCAAAGAUUGAAAAAUAAGUCAGAAGACACAAAAUCCCAAAAGGAAGAGCCUACAAAAGAAUCUGCUUCAAUAGAAGGUUUUCACUCUUUAUAUACUUUAGAUUUGGAGGUUAAGCAGCCGCAACAGGACCAUAAUAAAGGAAAAAGGGACCAAAUUGGCAUGCAGGAAGAAAGGAUUUAAUUGAAGAAGAAAGAAAGAAAUAAGUCGAAUAAAGAAGACAAAGAAAGAAGGAUGUACCAAAAUGAUUAAUUACAUACAGUAGAUUAUUUACAUACAAUAAAACAAUUUAAAUUAGC